CAAGAUCUUCUGCUUUCAUCUUUUUGUACAUUUUGUAUAUACACUAUCUAGCCUUUUGUUAGGAUCGGUCUUCACAAUAACAACAAUUGUACGAAAAGUUGAAAAGCAAAGAUGGCAUCAUUACGGAUGUUUUAUGUCAUUUUUGUCGUCUUAGCGACGGUUAUUUUGGAGAGUUCAACGACUAUCGUAGGAGAUAAAAUUGAUAUAGGUGUUUGUUAUGGUAUGUUAGGAAACAACCUACCGAAUGCAGCAAAUGUGAUUAACCUUUACAAACAAUAUGGCAUUGCCAAAAUGAGGCUCUUCGAACCCAAUCAUGCGGCACUCACAGCAUUAAGAGGCAGCGGCAUUAAAGUUACAUUAGGCGUCAGAAAUGAAGAUACACCAAAUAUUGCCGCAAGUGUGGACGGGGCAAUGUCGUGGUUCGUCGAAAAUGUGCAACCUUAUUUAUCCGAUGUCAAUUUUCAGUACAUUUCUGUCGCGAAUGAACAGAUCCCCGGAGAUUAUGCCAGUUACAUAGCCCCAGCCAUGAGGAACAUUCAAGCUGUUCUUGAUAAUCAUAAUCUCAAUUCAAUUAAAGUGACCACAACCGUCGCGACUGCGGGGUUGGCGAAUUCAUAUCCACCUUCGGCGACCACAUUCUCGCCCGACACAAAAGGUGCAUUUUUCGACGUCCUAACCUUUUUGUUGCAAAAAGGGUCGCCUCUAAUGGUCAAUGUGUACCCUUAUUUCGCCUACGCGGCAGAACCAGCCAACGUCCGCCUAUCUUACGCACAAUUCUCAUCGGAAGAAGCUGUUGUUAAGGAUGGAGAUUUGAGUUACAACAACUUGUUUGAUGCGACAAUUGAUGCAUUCUAUUGGGCGAUGGAGAAAUUAGGGUUUAACAAUGUAGGCGUCGUGGUAUCGGAAAGUGGUUGGCCUUCAGCUGGAAAUGGAGAGUCUACAACUCCGGAGCUUGCAUUAACAUACAACAAGAAUUACAUCAAACACAUAUUGGAAGGAGCUGGAACGCCUAAGAGGCCUGGGAUUGCCAUUGAAGGCUUCAUUUUCGCAAUGUUUAAUGAAAACCAGAAGCCCGAAGGUGUAGAGCAAAACUGGGGACUCUUUUAUCCUGAUGGGCGUCCUGUUUAUCCAUUGUUUUGAGGGGGUUGAAACUGUAUAAAGAGGCGUCACAUAAAACUGCAAAUUAAUUGAUUAUUAUGUAUAUGAAGAUAAUAUAUGUGUGUAGAAGAUAUUUUAUUAUACUAUGCCAUAUAUGGUUGUAACGUUUCUGUAUAUGCAUGUCUAAGAUCUUUUCAAAUUAUGUAUAUGUGAAUCAACAAACUAACAAUACUUCUAUUUUGGAAGGAAGAGAAUAAAUUUUCUUAACUGCCACUCGUCAUAUUUGUACUGAAUUCUUUUUUUUUUUAAUUUUAUUUGUACUGAAUUCUUUUGGGAGAAAAAGAAGAAGAUAUUUAUAGUAGCAGAUAUAUCGAUU